UCUGCUUCUAUGGACUCCUCACCAGCUUGUGUUUUCUAGGGAGCUGACCAAGUCACUCUUCCCAGGUGGAAGCUGCAGAUAUGGGGGCCCUUCUGUGGUCACUCCUGCUGCUGCUUCAUGAAGCCAAAGGGUUUUCUGGAGAUGAUGAGGACCCUGAGGAAGUGGUUGCUGUCCUUCAAGAGUCUGUCAACCUCUCUCUGGAAAUACCAUCCAAUGAAGAAAUUGACAACAUUAUCUGGUUCUCUCAAAAAAACCUUGCUACCGUGAUGCCAGGCAAAGAGGGGCAGCGAGUCGUCCUCAUGUCAGUGGAUCCUCGAUACCAGGGCAGAGUGAGCAUCCCAGAGUCCAGCUACUCCCUGUGUAUUAGCAAUCUGACCUGGGAGGACUCAGGGCCUUACCAAGCCAAAGUCAACCUGAAGACGUCCCAGCUCCUUAUCACGAAGUCUUACUAUCUCCAUGUCUAUCGGCGGCUGUCAAAGCCCCACAUCACUGUGAACUCUAACAUCUCAGAGGAAGGUACCUGCAACAUAUCUCUGACGUGCUCCACAGAGAGAGCAGGCAGGGACGUGACCUACAUCUGGCUUUCAUCACAGGACAACGCUAACACAUCCCAUGAAGGCUCUCUCCUCAGUACAUCCUGGAGGCCUGGCGACAAAGCCCUUUCCUAUACUUGCAGGGUCAGCAACCCCGUCAGCAACAUCAGUUCCCGUCCCAUCUCUGUUGGGUCCUUCUGUGCAGAUCCUGGAUAUCCGGAGAAGUCUUCAAUGUUCUGCUUCCUGGUCAAGAGCUUGUUCCUUCUCUUACUCUUGAUAAUUCUAGUUGUGGGAGUCUGCAUCUCCCAAGCCUGGAAAGAGUCUGAGAUGCCAAGGGAGAGGAAGCUCGAGAGAAACCGAAUGAAACUGAGGAAGAAGGGGAAGUCUAGCUCUACUCCAGUCUGAUUGGCCUUUGGGGUCCUCUUCUGAGUUUCAUUUCAGUCUUUAGAGAAAUUAUCUGGGGAAUUGGUGGGAGAGAUCAGAGUUGAACAUCUAAAAGGGCCAUAUUUCCUAAGAGACACCAUCUAGCAAUAAAAUCAAGUCUCUACCAGUA